UACUCAUUCAUCAUUUAAAUCAAAGUCUAUGCUGUGAUAAGAUAAAUUGAAAGAUAAGUUUUGAAAGUUUUAAAGUUACAUUGCACAGCCAUCAGAAAAAUACUUCCCACGUGAUACAAAAAAACCAUGUGUCAUGAUUAUAUUCUUCUGAAAGGAAGAGUCAGAAAUUGCGAUCCUGGAGAUUAUCCCAUAGAUAUUCAGCAAGCUUUGGAAAGAUCUAUAGAGUUUUAUGAAGGCUGCUAAUGGCUAGAGAGUUUAAUGACUAGACUGCAUUUAGUAACCAUGGUAAUGCUCAUGUUUUUCUUUGAGAAUUUCAAAUAGCUGUACAAUAUUACUAAUGAGAAAACUUCAAACAUAAAUUUUUUUCAGAGUUUUUCAGGAUCUGCUGCAUAUUUUAUUGGAACACUAUUCAACAUUAAAGUAUGUAAGAAUCAGCUAAUUAAGUGGAUGAUUUCAGAUAAUGCGGAUGUUGUCAGCAUAUUUCUUGUAAAUCUGAAUGGAUUAUUUAGAUGGAACAAUGAGGAAACCUUACUAAAUGUUUCAACAAUUAUUAACUCAUUGGUUUCAAAUUUUUGGCGUCAUCAGAGAAAAACUUAGAGUAAUGGUUCUUUUUACUAUGACGAUUAUGAGAUUAACAAAUUAUUUUGCACCCUCACCUCCUCAAUUACAUGUUCAUGGUAAAACAGAGAUUUUUAUUGAGUGGGAUCCUCCUAAAAAUCUUCUUGGCAGAUUAAAUUAUUAUGAACUUAGAAUGGAUAACAUGGUAAUAUAUAGAGGAAUUGACCGCUGUUUUACUGCGCAAGCUCUUCAUCCAACUAAAGUUUAUAGCUUUACAGUUUCAGCUUGGAUGAGUGAGGGUAGAUGCGAAAGUUUACCCAGAACACGUCGAAUCAGCAAGCAAUAUGUAAUUACAUCUGAAGGAAAUUCUUCCAGAUGUUAUUGGCUUUUGUGAAAAAUUGCAAGACGUAGUUACUUCUAUCGAAAGAUGUUGUUAAGGGUCGUUGAUUUUCCAGAUGAUAUUGGACAGAUGUUAUGAGAGUAAAAAAAAUAGAGAUGAUCUUGGACAAAAUUGCACAGAUGAUCUUGGACUAGUCCACAGAUGUUUUUGGACAGGUGUAGUAAUCUUUUACCCAAAUUUCCAGAAUGCUUUCAAGAGAAAUAGAUGACAGAGAGGUUUUGAUCAUGUCUGUCACCAAUAGCUCUACCAGUUUAUUUUUUAAUCUUGUGUGAUUAUUAAUUUCUAUAAUCAGGGUUGGAAUCAAAUAUGUAUUUUUAUUUGAAGUUCUAUUUUUAUUUGGUAGUUAUAGGGUAAAUUGGCGUAUUUGUAUUCGUAUUGCAUUUGAUUUAAAAAUUUCUUAAAAUUUUUUAUUUGCA